CGAUGUCAUGAGCGAAGUUCAGCUCAGGAUAAGAAGGCAUUGUCUGUCCAGCUUCCAGGCUCACUAUUGGUAUUCGUUUGUGUGUAUGGUUCCAUCGCAGAUUAUGUUAGUGCAGUAUUUUGGGGUCUGUCGUGAUUGUAAGAUUUUCUCAUAAUUGUAGGCCGUAAGACUUCACUCUUGUUAUCUCCCACAGUCCAGAUGUCAGCGGCGGUCUCACUUCGUUAGAGCUUUUUCAUGGCGUUGCCCUCACACAUAACGUAAUGCCUGCCUUGGAUAAAUGUUGCACAUCCUCGAAAGCAACAUCUUCGUUGAGCGUUAUGAGUGGGCGGAGAACACAUUGGAAACCUCGUCGCUCGGAAGUCGGCAGAUCCUACGGGUACAUGGACGAGAUGCACACAAGACCUUGGAAGUUGCUCCUCCGAGCAGCUUGGAGUGCUUGAAGAAUCAGAAUGGUGAGAGCUUUGGAAGCUGCAGAUUCCUCCGUGCGUGGAGAAUUCGUGAUAUACUGCUCUGCUCAUUGCAUGGCAGCAGACACUGCCAGAUGGAACGGCCAUCAAAACUUUUUUAUCAAUGGCAAGACAAUUGCGCAGAGCGUAGGAAACUGGUACAAUGCGAGAAAUGUGAAUGAUUUCGUGCUAGUCGACGGACCGUAUCCGUCAAUUCCGACAUGCUCAGGAAGGACACCGCACUCUGAAGAAACAGACUUUUGCCGAACAUUUCGUGGUUACUCAGGACUGAGCUGGUCUAUCGUAGUUUCAAUGCACAAAUAAAUUGGAACGCAAGUUAUCAGGAAGUGGACAACAAGAUCAGCAAGUAGAAACAGACAGGCUUGAAGCUCAGUCAUGGAAACUAAACUUUCCCCUUUACGAUGCAAUAACUACUUCAGGAUUGGAUUAUAGACAGAACAGUUGUUAGCAUUUAGGAGACAACGUGGAAGUAGACUUAAGAAACCAGAAAUCCAGUUGCCACUAGUAGCAAUGGGAAGCAUGGGCGUGAAACCGAACAUGAUAUAUUGUGAAGUGUGUGAAACUCAGUACUCACUAAAAGUCUCACUGGUUCCGGUGGUGUUUAAUUUUCCGUGAUGAACUUGAAAAUAAAAUUGCUUCUGAAUGAGUCU